AUGCCGCGCUCCUUCCUGGUGGACUCGCUGGUGCUGCGCGAGGCAGGCGAGAAGAAGGCCCCCGAGGGCAGCCCGCCGCCACUCUUUCCCUACGCCGUGCCCCCGCCACACGCACUGCACGGCCUCUCGCCCGGCGCCUGCCACGCGCGCAAGGCCGGGCUGCUGUGCGUGUGCCCGCUUUGCGUCACCGCCUCGCAGCUGCACGGGCCCCCCGGGCCGCCCGCGCUGCCUCUGCUCAAGGCAUCCUUCCCGCCCUUCGGCUCGCAGUACUGCCACGCGCCCCUAGGCCGCCAGCACUCUGCCGUGUCGCCCGGGGUCGCUCACGGCCCCGCUGCCGCCGCUGCCGCCGCCGCGCUCUACCAGACUUCCUAUCCGCUGCCCGACCCCAGGCAGUUCCACUGCAUCUCCGUGGACAGCAGCUCCAACCAGCUGCCCAGCAGCAAGAGGAUGCGCACCGCGUUCACCAGCACGCAGCUGCUAGAGCUGGAGCGCGAGUUCGCCUCUAACAUGUACCUGUCCCGCCUACGCCGCAUUGAGAUCGCCACCUACCUGAAUCUGUCCGAGAAGCAGGUGAAGAUCUGGUUCCAGAACCGCCGGGUGAAGCACAAGAAGGAGGGCAAAGGCAGCAAUCACCGGGGCGGCGGGAGCUCAGGCGCCGGCAGUGGCGCACCGCAAAGCUGCAAAUGCGCGUCGCUCUCCUCAGCCAAGUGCUCCGAGGAUGACGACGAAUUGCCCAUGUCUCCGUCUUCUUCGGGCAAAGAUGACCGGGAUCUCACGGUCACUCCCUAG